CAACGUCAUAUCAUCUAUUGGGACUAGCUUUAGGUCAUUCAGGCACAGAUUGACAAAAGAGUAUAUCCUGCCUUAUAAGGAUAAGCCCGAGUAUCUUUUGCAGCCACCAACUGAAUAUAAUUACAUUCCAAUUGAAGACUGGAGAAAGUUAGUGGCUAAUAGGUUGUCAAAAGAGUUUCAAGUUAAAUCAAAAAAAGGAAAAGAAAGGAGGGCAAAAUACGUUUAUAUUCAUCGAGUGAGUAGGAAAGGAUAUGCAGGACUUCAAGAAGAAUUGAUGCAAAAGACAGGUUCGAGGAAACCUAUUGAUAGAUGGGUCUUGUGGAAGCUAGCAAGAUUGAAAAAAGGUGAAUAUGAUGAAGUUACGAGGCCUGUAGUGGAAAAGAUUGAUGAGUUGACAAAGGCUGUUGAGGAAGGGAAGAUCACAUGUGUUGGCCAAAAGGAUAUCCUCACUUUAGCAUUGGGUACAUUAGAGCAUCCUGGACGGGUUAGAGGAAAAGGUGGAAAAAAAAAGCCCAAACAAUUCUUCAACAUACUAAAACCCACAAAAACUCUUGAAGAGGAGGAAUGUCAAAGGAUGUUAAUGGAGAAAGUCAAGAGCUUGGAAGAGGAGAUCAUUGCUUUGAAAUCUGGAAAAAAAGAACCCCUCACACCUCGCUCUAAAGUGAGCAGCACAAACAUAAGGAAACAAUUGUUGCAACAUGAAGAAAUAGGAGGGAAGACUCAUGAUAGUGCUCAUGUGGAGAACCUAUCAGCACAAGGGACUCGAAAAGCUUCUCCACUAACUCAGGUAUAUAUGCCUUUUUCUAAGUUAAAUUUAUAAAAACAAUAUAUAAAAUAACUAUAAUGAAA